AUGGAUUCGCAAAAAAAGUGUGGUCGUUGGGAUGACCAAGAAAAACAAAAGCUACAAUCAUUGGUUCGAACUCAUGGUUAUAACUGGAGACUAAUCGCUAUACAUAUGGGGCAAACACGCGAUCAGCGUCAAAUUCGGGAACACUAUUUGAAUCAUCAGAAUCCUGCAAUAAAUAAACGUAGAAUCACUCCAUCCGAGUCCGCAAAAAUUCAAGAUUUGUAUAGACAACAUGGUCGUCAAUGGAAACUUAUCGCUUCAACUUUCCCCGGUUUCAGUCCGAUUAUGUAUUUAAAAUUUGUUAACUUUAUUAUUCAUAGAUCCUUAAGAAGAAGCCAACUACCAGACCAUUCUUCAUUUGGAAAUCAUCCAGUGGUCUAUCCUCAAUUUGGAAACAGCCAACAACAACCGACAACUCUUGCCCCUCCUUCAGAUAGCAUUCGUAAAAAAAUGGCAAUAACUUAUCUGUUAAACUAA